AUGAUCAUGGUGAUGUGUUUUACAAAUUUAUACCAUCUGGCAUCAGUAGUGUACUGGCCUUUAUUUGCCAUAGCCGCAUUGGCAGCAAUAGUUGCAAGUGGGAAAUCAUCUGUUCUUUUGGAUGUAAAGCCAUGGGAUGAUGAGACAGACAUGAAGAAGCUGGAAGAGACUGUUCGUAGUGUUGAGUUGCCUGUCCUAUUGUGGGAAGCAUGUUUGGAAUUCAUUACUGAGUGGGCAAAACCUGUCGAGCCCACACCACCAUCAGUGAUACCCAGUCACUCUGCUCCUNCUGUCGAGCCCACACCACCAUCAGUGAUACCCAGUCACUCUGCUCCUGAGCAAAAGCCUGCUGACAGAAGGAACAUGAAGCCAAAAGCCGUCAUUUCUGCACAAAAUUGUUUGACUUGUGUUAAGAGUAUAGUCAAGAAAUCUAGCGAGUGUGCAAACAACACUGAUUCUGCGUAUAUGCUAAAAAAUUGUUUUUUACGUUAUUCAAUCAAAAACUUCAUUGGACAGAGCGAAAACUUGUAUACUGGAGCCACUGUUAGAAAUUUAUCAGAAGAUCUAAGAGUGGUUCCUCAAGGAAAUAAUUUCAUUAGGAAACUUGCAUCUACUGCUCCAAGUCAACGCCUGAUGUUUAACGAGGGGAUACUGGAUGUUGGCCAGGAAGGGAAGAGUAUUUGGUAUGAGGAUGUGAAUGCCGCCUUUUCAGAUAGAAACCUUACCAAUGAAACAUCCUCGACUGAUUCUAAUAAACUCAUUGAAUUAUCUUUUGCAAGAAAUACAGGAGAAACCAAACCAUCUCUUUCUGUUGGAACUGCCGAUCCAAAUUCAGCUAUGCGUUAUUGA